UUUUAAGUUUCGGACGUUUAUGAAAGCUAGUAGGCAUGAAGUGUGCUCAAGGUGUUUUUGUGUUGUUAAAUUUUGCUCGAGUGUGCUUACUGAGAUGGCGCAAUUUUCGAAAGACGCGGUAUGGUAUCGUGCGCCCGUGAUACACUUCAGUCGCGUUGGUGGCUGUAUGCGAUUUGACGUAUUCCGCGCGCGGGGAUGACACUUGUCAGCUUAAUUUAUGAAAUGUCAAACGUUUUACGUGUAAUGCGCGAGUGAACGGUAAACAAAUUAAAGAGUGAAAUUGAUAUUGAUGCAGUGAUUUUUAACGAGUGAAAUGGACUGUUAUUACUCGAAAUUUUAUCCAAGGCCGAGCGGCGCGCUCGCAGCCGGCACCAUUGCGUCUCCGUGGAGCACGGCGGCCGGCGCGCCCGACACCAAUGGCUCGGGCGGCGCCGACGCCAAGCACCUCGAUGUUGGCGAAGCUAGCGACGAUGAAAAGGAUAUGUCAGCGGCGGAUGCGGAGGGAGUUUGGUCCCCCGACAUCGAACAGAGCUUCCAGGAGGCUCUGGCGAUAUACCCUCCGUGCGGCCGGCGGAAGAUCAUCCUCUCCGAUGAGGGCAAGAUGUACGGACGAAAUGAACUUAUAGCAAGAUAUAUAAAACUAAGGACAGGAAAGACGCGCACAAGAAAACAGGUCUCAUCACAUAUACAGGUGCUAGCUAGGCGGAAACUCCGUGAAAUUCAGGCCAAACUCAAAGUGGACGGUGGUGUGAUGAAAGAGAAGGCGAUGCAGUCUAUGAGCACGCUGUCUAGCGCACAGAUAGUGGCGGGAUUGCCGCACCCGGCGUACCAUCACACGCAAUUUUGGCAGCCAGGAUUACAAGCGGGCACGUCACAAGAUGUGAAACCCUUCCCCAGCGCAGGAUACAAAGGUGUCCCAGGGGUUGGAGGAGUGGUCCCGGGAGGUACGGACGUGGCCCCCCCGCCGCCCUGGGAGGGCAGAGCCAUCGCCACUCACAAGCUUAGACUUGUGGAGUUCUCAGCAUUCGUGGAACACCCGAGAGACCCUGACACGUACCCGCCCAGUACGGCGCCGGCGCAACAUUUGUUCGUACACAUAGGUGGCACUGUUACAUACGCAGAUCCUUUAUUAGAGUCAGUAGAUGUACAGCAGAUAAACGACAAAUUCCCAGAGAAAAAGGGUGGUUUGAAGGAGUUGUACGAAAAGGGACCUAGAAACGCGUUCUUCUUAGUUAAGUUUUGGGCAGACCUGAACACAAAUAACUUGGACGAUCCCGGAGCCUUUUAUGGAGUCACGAGUGUAUACGAGAGCAAUGAAAACAUGACAAUAACCUGCAGCACGAAGGUGUGUUCCUUCGGUAAGCAAGUGGUCGAGAAAGUGGAGACGGAGUACGCUCGUUUCGAGGGCGGUCGCUUUGUAUACCGCAUACAGAGGUCGCCGAUGUGCGAGUACAUGGUCAACUUCAUACACAAGUUGAAACACUUACCCGAGAAGUACAUGAUGAACAGUGUCCUCGAGAACUUCACCAUCCUACAGGUGGUAUCAAACAGAGACACUCAAGAAACGCUCCUAUGCGCCGCCUUUGUGUUCGAAGUGUCAAACAGCGAACACGGCGCGCAACACCACAUCUAUCGCCUCGUUAAAGACUGAGCCCCAUCGCUUGAAUCGAGUCGAUUGCUAAAUCGAGAGACUCAAGUGAGUUUCUCAGUUCAGUGACUCGCGUUGUCUGCUAAAUCGAGCGACUCGAGUAAGUUUCUUAUUUCAGAUGUCGAGUCGGUUCGCAAAAUUCGACGGUAAAUCGGUUAAUCAAGAAGCUAUCGACUUGAGUUGUUUUUGGCGCAAAUUACAUUUUAAGAGAUGGUAUAAACAAAUCUUAAAACCGUUAUUCGUUUAUUUGUUUGUAUAAAUGUGAAAUUAAUACGACUCGAGUCACAUGGAAAUUUGUUCGAAUGACUCGAGUAGAAAAUUCGUUUUUGAAUCGCAUCUAUAUAUGUUGUACAAGUAAGAAAUUAAGAUGACAAAAGUAAACCCGAUUUACAGAAUUUAUUGAGCAUUGACUUUAUUUGAACAUUGCUUUAACAAGUACCUAAGUGAACUAACUAAAAUGUGUCGUUCAUUUUAUUUUAUUUUCUGUUCAUUUUUAACAAAAAGUAUUAUUGUUCUAUAUUUUGUACCUUAUUCAUAAUUUUAAUUUAUCCACAAUCAUUCACUUUUUUUUAAAUACGGGCAUAAAAUUAUGCUAUUAUAAGCAAUGCAAAGAUUCUGUACAUUAGGUUGUGAGUCCAACAUAACUGUCUUUAAUCGAAAUCAAUAAAAAUAAUGUUUAUUAUUAAGUGUUUGAUAUACAAGUGUCUAUAUCACCAGACACGGUUAUUAUGUUAAAUAAAAUCGUUAUACAUAUUAUAGUGAUGCGAAUCAUAGCAAAAAUGUGAUCUGAAAAUUACGCUACAAGUAUUUUUGUAAAUGAAAAUUUAUGUAUAGCUCAAUUUUUAAUAUCUAUAGAGUUCUAAUACUUUAUACCCGUAUUCUAGGGCAGAUUAUCGUUUUAUAUUUGACUCUAUAUUUAUAUAUUUUUUAACAUUUUCAGUUGUAAAAUGUUUUUUCGUCCAAUACUUUCACGUAUCGUUCAGUACCUAUAACAUAAAUGCGUGUAAAAAUAACGUUUUAAGAGAAAAAAUAUAGAAUACACACAGUGCCUCUAUAAUUAUGUUACAUUAACAUAAAUGAGCAUAUUUGAUCCUUUCAUUGUGAAAAACGAAUUCGCUUAAGGAUAGAAUACAUCUUCGUGACCACGAAAACAUAUUAUUUUUAUAAUAAAAAAAAUCAAUAAAAAUCAGUUCAGGAAGAUAAUUCCUGGCCUAUUAUCAAUGUUUUUUAGGUAACAAAACUGGCAAAAAUUUGACAGUUCUACUGUCACUAUCAUAUAAAAUACUAUAAAAAAUUGUUUUCAGACAGUUUUACAAACAUAACAAAAUAAAUCCUUGGAUUGCUAUCGAGUAAUAAUCUUUCACACAGGAAUUGAUAAUUAUUUUUACGACUCACACACAAAUGAGAGUUUUAUUAUGUCUGUAUGACCACAUUAAAAAGCGAAAUCUGCAAAAGACUUAAAAGAAAAUUAUUUUAAUUAUUUUAUUUUAUUUCACUGUGACCCGAAGGUGUGUUCAAUCCUUAAAAUUAGGGUACUAUUAAUGAAGGGAUCAAAUCUUAGUGUAGGAUACAGUGAAUACUUCGUUUUAAGAUAUAGAGUUGUUAAGAGUCUAAGUAAACAUUUUAAUUUUUCGACUACUUGAUGUACUGACGUUUUGUCUCAAGGGCUAUUCGAAGACGUCGCUUGUACCUAUAUAAAUAUUACAUAUAAAAUCUAUUGUACAUACGUUGUAAUAGCAGCUCUUAUUUAGUUUUUAUUUUAGUUUACCCAAGCACAUUAAUAUUAUAUUUUUUGGCACAAACGAGCGACGUUUUCGUUUUUGUAUUAUAAUAUUUAGCCACAGAAAACUUUGCCACAUCCGAGAACUGUACAUAAGUGUUCAAAAUGUUUAUUGUAAUAUUAUAUAAUAUCGACGAGGAAUCGAUCUCACGAACUGUACAGCUAUGUGUAGCGUUUAAGAUACGCCCUUGAUUUAUUGGAAUUUUUGAAUUUACGAUCUCGACUAAAGUUAUGUAAGAUUU